AUGGCCGGCAAGAGACGGGCUAGAAGAUCUACUUUUAGCAACAUUGCCGCUUUGGAGCCUCAUGGCCGCCAUGCUCCUGAAGACAGUGUGGGAGGUUCUCGCGAUGGAGGAAGAGAUGGCGGAAGAGAUGGCGGAAGAGACGGUGGCAGAGAUGGAGGAGACGGUGAAAAUGGCGAGGGUGCUGGAUCUGGAUUCCGGUCAGCGGGUCAUCAAAGCCCCUUGCUACCCUCGAGCGGUGUGUAUAAAUCGACAGGAUACUACCAGAUUGCCGGAGAUUCUUUUAGAAACGUCGAUAAUGACGACAAUGGCUCAUUGUAUAACGAGUAUGAAGAGGGUCUGGGUAUUAUAGGUGGGUCUGGUGCAAAUGGCCGGUCGGGGAGUAAUAGUGGAGACGACGUGAUUCGAGGCAUUAUGAAUGCUAGGUUUGCUGGCCAGUCGACUGCUGGUAUGGAGGCAGAAACCUCGUCGUUGGAAUCAAAUGAUCUUAUGGACCAUCGUCCGUCAAUGGCAGGUGUUUCUCCUAGCACGUACCGUAAAAUGAGUCGAGCUGCUGAUGAACGGUCGUCUCUGCUUCACGGAGGGAAUACUAGUAGUAUCACUAAAAAUAGCAACAGUAUCAUCAACAGCAAUAUUAAUGCGGGUGCUAGUGGUAAUAACCGACCCAAGAAUAAGAGCAAGAGCAAGAGUGUUGUCGCUGAUAUGAUUGGUAAAGCUACUAAUUUUGCCAGUGGAGGUGCUAGCUCCAGUGGUAAUGGGAAUAAUAGCAGCAACAGAUAUAAUAACCAGGGUCUGGUUGAACGAUGGGUCAAGAAUCGUCGGUCGUUGUCACAACUGCCUCUUCUUCAUCCUCAUACUCCAGAUGUAAUUCAUGCUGGUAAUAGAACUGUCGAUUAUACAUCGCUUGGUCAGGGUGAUGAAGACAGUUUUGCUAUUGCUGUGGAUGAAGAUGCUAUUGAUGAUGAUGACAAUGAUGUGGAUGGUGGUGGUCGCAAUGCUCGUAGUAACAGUUAUCGACAGCAGUUUCUACCUAUUUCGCAUCGUCCUUCACGACUGGGAUUUUCUAGUGGUGCGUCUGGUGGUGCUGGCGGGUUCCCUGAUAGUUCGAGUGAGAUUGAAUCGUUGAAUUCGAAACCAUCUUCUCGUCGAGGCAGUGACGCUUCGUCUUUAGAUGAUGUAUGUUAUCCUAUUGACUCACCGCGUCCUGACUCUACUACUGGAGGACCCAAAGUAUGGCCUGAUUUAUCGAUUCUUACCGAAUUUGCUGAGCAAGAAUUGAAAGAACUUUCUGCUACUGAAGCAGCUGCUGCUAAUAGACCAGUAGCCAUUGAAGAUUUUUGCAGUGAGGAUCUUGCUACAAGUCGACUGGUAGAUGAUAACGAGAGAUCGGUCUCACCAUUCACCAGUGGCAUUCCCGACCGUGGCAGGUAUGCCAUUAAUGAAGCAGAAGCAGCUGGCGGACGUUUGCGUCCUCAUAGGGUGAUUCCAUGGGCCAACUCUAAUUCUCGAGGACAAAAGAAUAAAAACAGGAACAACAGUGCCAUGAACACUUAUGCUAAUCGUAUAACUUUCCCAUCGGGUGAUAGACACAUUCCUGGAGUCGACGAAAAGGCUGCCAUGGAUUUCAGAUUCACGUACUUUUCCGAAGAAAUGGAGGCUACUAUCCAUUCACCUACCAUUUCCGGACUACUUCAACCUGGUCAAACUUUUGCCAGUUUGUUUCCUCCCCGAUUAGCACAUCGUUCGCCAUUCGAUUCUGCUGCCAGAGGUUCAACUCCUGCAUACGAACCUGCCGAGUCCGAGACGAGCGGGGUGAACAGAACUCCACAAUCAGCUCAACCGGUGACCUCGCAAACACCUCAACCCACGACCCACACUGCUCAACAGCACGCACCACAUGCAUCGACUUUAGAACAAACACCUGUUCAGGAACCGUUAUCGUCAGUCCCUCAAUCGCCCUCUCUCACCCAUAUUCAGGCCCAACCGAGUUCUUUCACACAGCAUGGUCAGACCCAACCCAACAACACCUCCAGCACUGCUACUGCUGGAGGUAAUGGAGGUCCCAUACCUGCUGAACACCGAGAAUCUCAAGCCUCGUACAGUAACAUGGGCAAUGGCAAUAACCAUGCCAAUGGCCACAUCGACCCGUCUCCAUUCUGGCUUGACGUUCUGAAUCCGACCGAGGAAGAAAUGAAAGUCAUCAGUAAGACUUUUGGAAUUCACCCGUUGACAACUGAAGACAUUUUCCUAGGAGAAACAAGAGAAAAAGUCGAGCUUUUCCGCAACUAUUAUCUUGUUUGUUUCCGCAGUAUUGACACUAAUUACGAAAAACAACGUACCCGUCGUGGUCAGACGACCGAAGUCGACGGUGGUAAUGGCACCUCUAACAACCCCAACAUUAAUUCCGUCUCCAGUUCACGAACUGCCCGUGGAACAUUCCAAGACUUAUUUGGCGGUGGCGGUGGCAGCGAGCUGCGAAAUCGCCGCGGUUCAUCUGUUCGAUCUGUUUCCAGUAAAAAACGACGAAAGGACCGUGCCAACGAGCUGAAACCACUCAACAUGUACAUUAUUGUAUUCCACGAAGGAGUUUUAUCAUUCCAUUUUGCGCCUACUGCCCAUCCCAUCAAUGUCCGACGAAGAGCCCGACUCCUUCAAGACUAUCUCAAUGUCUCGUCGGACUGGAUCUCGUAUGCACUUAUCGACGACAUCACCGAUGGUUUUGCACCACUGAUCGAGUCGAUCGAGGACGAUGUAAACCUCAUUGAAGAAGCCAUUUUGAAGAUGCAUUCUGGUGAAGACGAUUCUGACGACGACAGCGAGGACGACGAAGACGAUUCGAGCAAGUCGACAUCCACAUCCAGCCGAUCCACCAACAUUAGUAACCGAGGCAAAUGGAAGCAAAAAGGUGAUAUGUUGAGGCAAAUUGGCGAAUGCCGUAAACGAGUCAUGAGUCUGCUACGUCUUCUUGGAAACAAAGCAGACGUCAUCAAAGGCUUUUCUAAACGGUGUAACGAGCAAUGGGAAGUAGCUCCACGAAACGAGAUCGCGCUUUAUCUUGGCGAUAUCCAGGACCACAUCAUCACCAUGGUUCAAUCACUCAACCACUACGAAAAGCUCCUCGCACGAAGCCAUUCCAACUACCUCGCGCAAAUCAACAUCGACAUGACACGAGCUAACAACGACAUGAACGAUGUCCUUGGCCGUAUCACCGUGCUCGGAACCAUCGUCGUCCCCAUGAACGUCAUCACGGGCCUCUGGGGCAUGAACGUACUCGUUCCUGGCCAAGACGUGCCCAACCUCUACUGGUUCGGCGGCAUCUGCUCGCUGCUCGUCGUCAUGGCCGUCCUAUGCUUCUGGGUCGCCCGUCGCAUUUACAAGAUCUAA